AUGACAUCCUCGCCACCCAGCAAAGGCAGCCUCUAUCCUGAGCAGGAGAUUAGAGUGAUUAUCCCUGCCAAAGUAUCCGCAAUUAAGACUCCACGUCUCUAUCUAAGACCGGCUGAGCUGUCCGAUGCAGCUGACAUCUUCGAGUACCGGCGUCGACAAGACGUGGCCGACUUCCUCUGGCCUAAAAUUCCCCAUAAAGAGGUCCAAGAGACAGAGGCUGCGAUCGCCGGUAAAACCUUCAAAACACCAGAUGCAUCGGGUGCUUUGGGACGACUAUUUACGUUUGCUGUAAUACAGCUUGAUGAUCCGACACUGAAAGUUAUUGGCAUGGUGAGUGUGAAUGCACUGGUGCCGGCGCCAUCCAUCGGAUAUGGUAUUCAUCCUGAGUUUUGGGGGAAGGGGUUCGUUAGUGAAGCUGUAGCUGGUGUUGUGGAUGCGUGGUGGAAGCUCGAGAGGACAAGUUUGAAGCAGCAACCUGGUGAGGAUGCAAUGGAAUCGGAGAAGCUGUAUGCGGCGUGUAAUAAGGCGAAUGAGGGGAGUAUGAAAGUCCUUCUGAAGAAUGGGUUCAAGAUUUACGAGGAGAUACCACUGAUGGGAGAUACUGUAGCAUUAUUUUCGUUACAGAGACCAGAAGCCAUUUAG